UGGAUCCCCUAGUUUGAGUUUUGGUUGAGAGGGUUUCUAAAUGAUUUUUAGAAAUACAUUAAUUUUGGUUCAGACUUCCUCAAUUUACCAUUAUUUUUAAUCUUUUUUUUAUAGGCUUCAAAUAGUACAACGAUACAAUCAAUGCACAACGAAACUAAUGAAACAUACGAAACAAAUAUAGUGGUAGAUACAUGUGAAUAUGUGAUAUAGAGUUUCUGUAUAGUUUCUAUAUAUAGAGUUUGUUUGGUUAGCUAUUUAAUUUGCAGAGAUCGAUCAUGGAGAAUCGACUUCGCUUUCAUUCUCUGGGAACCAUGUACAUAUUCAAACGAUUUAUCUUAAUCAAUAUAAUGACAUUCUGUGAAGAGAUAUUAAUCCAGGAGUUCCAGAUUUAUCGCAACUGCGUUUGGUGUUUUGAACUUUUGAAUAUGGAUGACAAGGAAAACAUAUAGAGUGUGGAUUUUCAUAAGCAUGGUAGCUAUUGGUGAGAAUGCAUGGCUUAUCAGAUUCUUUAGAGAAGCGAACGUUGUAUAGCAUUUAUUUGCAUAUCUAAUCUUUGUCAAUUACAAUGAGAGUUUGGAUACAACAACAUCCGGCUGCUAAAUAAUUGUGACUUUAUAUGUAUUUUUCAUAAAUUAAAUGGUCCAACCAACCCACAGAAAACGUACGAGUACACUGUCUCAAUAUUAGUUUCUCAUUGGCCCACUUCCAACUUGGCCAGCCACUGACCACUUCAACUACAAUUUAAAAUGAGCUGACAAAUCUCCAACCAAACACUGACCCGUAAUAAAUUCUAUCUAUCUUUAGAGACUAGUCCUUUCUUUUUUCUACUUUCCUCUUUUGGAUUCAUUAAUUAACUACACAAAUCAAUUUGAGGAAAAUCACAUGAUUCUAAUACACUUCUUUCAGGUAAAGUGUCAAAAGUUUCACACACUAUCAAUUCACAUACUCCAUGCGAAAUUAAUUUAUUAAUGCUUGAAAGUGUGUAACCGGUGCAUCCAUGCGAAACAAUCAUUACACAAAUAAUUGAUAUAGUACAUGUUUUGUAAUAAACAUGGUACCAAUUCGAAUAGUUAAAAUGUUUAAUUAGUGAAUUGAGAUAACUUUAAACUCGAUCGUGGUCAAAACUUUUUUGUAUGUUUCUUGUUUAAAAUGGUCGUAUUCAUGUUUCUUGUACGUAUAAAGUCACAAAAAGACGGCCAUUUUUUAAAAGUGCGUUCACCUAUUUGUACAAUUUGUGGUACGUAACGAUUUUUGUUUUAAUAAAACGAUAACCUUAAAACGCAGACCUUAUUUUCCGCGGCACAAACGCGCUUAACGCCAUCAUUCAUACCCUAAAUAUUGGUACGUUGCUUAUAAAUUAAAACCCCACCCAAUGACCAAUAUUUUCUCAUAUGUUCAUUGCAAUGGCAGAUUUCAAGCUUCUUUUGCUUAUACUCAUCCUUCUGUCUCUCUUUGAACUUGAUCUACUUCAUUUUCACCAUGACUUCUUCUCUUCUUUUUGGGUCAAGAUCGGUUUACUCAUGAUAUCCAUCUUCUUCUAUGCCUACUCAACCACCCGGUCUAAACCGGUUUACCUCGUGGAUUUCUCAUGUCACCAACCCACCGACUCAUGCAAAAUCUCAUCCGAAACGUUCUUCAACAUGGCCAAAGGCGCUCAACUCUACACCGAAGAAACAAUCCAAUUCAUGACGAGGAUACUAAACCGGUCCGGUUUAGGAGACGAUACGUACUCCCCACGUUGCAUGUUAACCUCUCCACCAACUCCAUCAAUGUACGAGGCGAGACAUGAAUCCGAAUUAGUAAUCUUCGGAGCUCUUAACUCACUAUUCAAGAAAACCGGAAUCGAACCGAGAGAAGUCGGAAUCUUCAUUGUAAACUGCAGCUUGUUUAACCCUAACCCAUCUCUCUCGUCCAUGAUUGUAAACCGGUACAAGCUCAAAACCGACGUCAAAACUUACAAUCUCUCCGGUAUGGGAUGCAGCGCCGGCGCAAUCUCCGUUGACCUCGCCACAAAUCUACUUAAGGCAAACCCGAAUACCUACGCAGUUAUUGUUAGCACGGAGAACAUGACUCUAAGCAUGUAUCGAGGCAACGACCGGUCAAUGUUAGUCCCUAACUGUCUAUUCCGAGUAGGUGGCGCUGCGGUUUUGCUCUCAAACCGGAGCCAGGACCGAUUCCGGUCUAAGUACGAAUUGACUCAUCUCGUAAGGACUCACAAAGGCUCUAGCGAUAAACAUUACACUUGUGCUGAACAAAAAGAAGAUAAUAAAGGUAUCGUUGGAGUCGCACUCUCUAAAGAACUAACGGUUGUUGCUGGUGACACGUUAAAGACGAAUCUAACAGCACUUGGUCCGCUUGUUUUGCCUUUAUCUGAAAAGCUCCGGUUUAUCAUCUUUAUGGUAAAGAGUAAGCUUUUCCGGUUAAAAGCUAGUCCAUAUGUUCCGGAUUUUAAACUAUGUUUCAAGCAUUUUUGUAUUCACGCUGGUGGUAGAGCGUUACUUGACGCGGUUGAAAAAGGUCUUGGACUUAGUGAGUUUGAUCUUGAGCCGUCUCGGAUGACUUUGCACCGCUUUGGAAACACCUCAAGCUCGUCUCUGUGGUACGAGCUGGCUUACGUGGAGGCUAAGUGUCGGGUAAAACGAGGAGAUCGGGUUUGGCAGUUGGCGUUCGGGUCGGGUUUUAAAUGUAAUAGUAUUGUGUGGAGAGCGUUGAGAACGAUUCCGGCGAACGAGUCAUUGGUGGGUAACCCGUGGGGUGACUCAGUUCAUAAGUAUCCAGUUCACGUGACCUAACUUUAAGUAAUAUACCACACGCGCGUGUGAAGUCACGUUACAAGUUAUCAUAAGUCAACAAUAUGUUAUAAAAGUGUAGCUAUUUUUGUUUUCUUUCCCCUCUUUUAUAGUUUUUAUCUACCCACAAAUAUGUAUUAGACGAAUAAUCGUUAAUAAUUUGCGACCUUUUUAUUUUGUUUGUUGUACAACAAUUUGGUACCUAUUAUCUUAUAACUUAUAAGAAUAUUAAACAUAAGAUCGAGGAUUUUAAUUUA